CGCCGUCGCUCCUCUCAGCUCUUGCUCACACUCUCUACUACGGUUCCUCGUUUACAGCCAAUCACAAUCGCGAUGUUGAAGUAUCGACCAAUCACAGAGCUCGGAAGGGGCGGAGUCUUGAAGGUAAGAGCGUUGACCAGUGAGCUGAGUUCCGCCGAGCAAAUUCGAAUGUAACCCCGCCCCCGGUCGCUAUGGAAACACUAGAGUUAAAACGGGUUCUUCCUUCCUGGGAAGUUCUAAAUGAGAAUGUCAGCACUGGAGUCCUAGCCCCGCCCCCUGUGGGCGGUCCCUUAGCAUCGGCGCGCUCACCCCAUCGACCCCAACGUCUGACAGCACAUCCGGUCACCGGGCGGCUAGUCACCAUGGCGAGCGCUCCGGUCAGCGUCAGCGCUAUGAGGGAGACGAUGGACGUGCUGCUAGAAAUUUCCAGACUGCUGAACACAGGUUUGGACAUGGAGACUUUGUCAAUUUGUGUCAGACUGUGCGAGCAAGGAAUCAAUCCAGAGGCGUUGUCAUCCGUUAUCAAAGAGCUGCGUAGAGCGACCGAAGCGUUAAAGGCUUCAGAAAAUGCACCGAGCUAAUCGUAUGGGGUAAAGAAAAAAUAAACAUGAUGACUUUUCUGAGUGGAUGACAUUAUACAAGAAGUAUAUUCUGGAUUUCCUCCUGUGUACGCUGCACUAUGUUCAGUCUGUUUACAUUGUUAGGCCUCAGUCUUCUUCCUGUUACACACUCGUAUGAUGUUUUAUAUUGUGAAGAAGCUUUCAGGAAAACUUUUUGUUGGCAGAUAUUUAGACUGAAGCAUACUUCAGCUUUAGGUUGGGUUCACACUUAGUAUUUUCGCUCAGUUGCAGUAGUAACAUGAACAACUUAAUUUCUUCCAAUUGUUUCUUUAAGAAGUAAAAUUGCUGCCAUAUGUGCGUCAAAAUAAAUUUUACAUAAUGGUUUUGACACAGCAUUAAGUAAACCCCAUCGUAUGAACCCAGCCUAAAAAUGGUGCUCUUAACUAUAGUAAUGAUGUGUGUGAGCCUGGAUCGUGUGCCACAAUUGCGUUAAAUUAUUGUUUCAACUUAUGAUUUAAAAAAAUCCAAA